AUGAUAAGAAAAUACAAACAAGUAUCAGCUGAUAACCUGGCUGCUUUGCUCAGACACCAAGGAGUUCCCGAAGAGAUGGUUGAGAAAAUCGCCUCUGAAAAACGUGACCUAACUAUUAGUAAAUCGGGAAACACUUACACCUAUCAGAUAAUUAGUCCCAAUAAUACCCGUGAGAUCACGUUUGAAUUGGGCACUGAGUUUACCGAGUCUUUCCCAAACGGCUGGAAUGUCAAGUCCGUGUUCACUGUCGACGGUAAUCGACUUGUUAGGACCGUAAAGGGCGAGAAGGAGACUACGGUUGUGCACGAACUGAACGGCAAUGAGCUCCGAGUGGUCAGCACUUCGGGUCCGGUAGUGGCCGUCCGUACGUACGCCCGGCAAAAGUACAAAAACUUUACUGGAAAAUUCAAACUCACCUCGUCCGACAACUUUGAUGCACUUCUCAGGCAUCUAGGCGUGGCCGAGGAUUACAUCAACAAAAUCAAAGACCAGAGCCAGGAGUUGGAGAUCACAAAAUCUGGCAAUGGAUACAGCAUUAAGACAACCACUGCCAGCGGGACUCGCGAGCAAAAAUUUGAGCUUGGUAAAGAGUACACUGAAACAUUCCCCAAUGGGGGCUCAGCGCCGUCUCUGGUCGUCGCCGACGGGAAUCGUCUCAUUCAGACCCUGAAGACCGAGAAGGAGAUGAAAAUUGUCCGCGAAUUCAAUGGCAAUGAACUGCGGGUGACGUCCACUUCGGGUCCGGUUGUGGCCGUCCGUACGUACGCCAGACAAUAG